AUGAGAGACUAUGAAGAAGUUACAUCUUUUUUGGGCCAAUGGGGGCCUUUUCAAAGACUCAUGUAUAUCCUCCUGAGCCUCAGCAGCAUCCCCAAUGGAUACGUGGGAAUGGCCAUGGUUUUCCUGGCUGAUAUUCCUCCUCACCACUGCAGGCUUCCAUUCCUGAACAGCAGCAGCUAUGGAGGACCGGGCUACAAUCUGUCCCUCCCGACCGAGGAGGUGAAAGGAGAGGUCACCCUGAGUCGCUGCAGACGCUAUGCGGAACAGGGGGCUUUGGAUGCCGGUUCUAACCAAAGCACAGAGCGCUGUCUGGAUGGCUGGGUGUACAGCAAGGAGAGAUACUUGUCCACCAUUGUGACUGAGUGGAAUCUGGUGUGCGAUGACACUUGGAAAACCCCUUUUACGGUCACUGUGUUCUUCCUCGGUGUACUGACAGGGUCCUUUCUCUCAGGAAUCAUAUCUGACAGGUAUGGAAGGAAGUUCAUCUUCUUCGCCACCAUGGCAGUGCAGUGCAUCUUCAGUGUGAUUCAGGCUGCCUCCAACAGCUGGGAGAUGUUCUGUGUGUUUUACUUCAUCGUUGGAAUGGGACAAAUAGCCAAUUACUGCUCAGCGUUCAUUCUAGGAUGUGAACUUCUGAGUAAGUCACCUCGAAUAAACUUCGCUACUCUGGGUGUGAGCCUGGCGUACGCCUUCGGUUAUUCUAUUCUUCCACUCUUUGCCUACUUCAUCCGGGACUGGAGAAUGCUUUUACUGGCCUUGUCUGCUCCAGGAUUCCUCUACAUACCUAUGUGGUGGUUUGUCCCAGAGUCCCCUCGCUGGCUACUGUCUCAGGGUCGAGUGGAGGAGGCUGAGGCCAUCAUUAGAGCUGCUGCCAAGAAGAACGGCAUCACUCCUCCUGACGUCAUCUUCAAUAGAGACGACACCGCAGAGCUGAUGAACAGUACAGUGGAACAGAAGGUUUAUACAUGGAUUGAUCUUCUCAGUACUGCAAAUAUAAGGAAUACCACAAUCUUGAACAUCAUCAUGUGGAUGACAGUGUCUUUGACUUAUUAUGGGCUGUCGUUAAACACUUCAAACAUGGAUGGGGAUCCUUACCUGAACUGCCUCAUAGCUGCUGCCAGUGAGGUGGUGGGCUACAGCAGCAUGUGGUUCGCUGUGCGUUACACCACGCGGCGCUUCACUCUGGGAUUCUCGCUAAUCAUCUGUGGGCUUCUGCUGUUAAUCAUCAAAUAUGUUCCAGAAGAGCUCAACGCCUUGACUAUCACACUGGCGAUGGCUGGAAAGUCUUGUAUCACGGGGGCAUUUGGCUUCCUCUACCUCUACUGCACGGAGCUGUUCCCCACUGUAGUGAGGAACAUGGGGCUGGGCGUCACCUCAAUGGCCUCUCGGAUUGGCAGCACAGUGUCUCCAUAUGUGGCCUAUAUUGGAACUUAUAACAAGGUAUUACCAUAUAUUCUGAUGGGGUGCAUCACCAUCAUCAGUGGUAUUCUAGGUUUACUAUUACCAGAAACUAAAGACGAGGAGCUCCCCGAGCUUAUUAGUGAAGUCAAACCCCUCCACUGGUUUUGCCAGAAACAGAUACCAGUCAAGAGGAAAAUCGAACAGGAAAAUAAACAACUUGGCAUUGGACUGGAAAAAUCACACAGCUUGCAGGACAUGUGA